CACAAAUCCGAGCCGACCACCACCCUUCAAUUCAAUCCGCACUUGAAGGACACCCAAUUCUCAGCCCGACACCCCCGCAUCACAGCAACAAGGCCUCAACUACCUACAGUACCUCAGCAAAGCGCUGCCGCCAGAAAGCAAAGGCAUCAAUAGCGCCCAAAUAUGGGGAAGCAGUGCCACAGGAUACACCGACCAUCGCCGGGUGACCUUUACCGGCAACCACUCUCAGUGACAGCAAAAGGACGCGAAGAGGGAUGUAGUGAGUGCAAGUGGGUUCUUGAUCUUGUUGAGGCCAUCAAGCCUGGCUGGACGGCCGAAGGAUUGAGUGAGAAGUACUGUACUUCAAAAGGCCGCGACGGCUGGAAUCUCUCCGAUGGUCGAGGGUUCAGGGAGGGGUUUACUGUCCGCAGUAAGGCCACAACAGAGCACCUUUAUUCCAACCGCUCUUCAGAUCCUUGGAUAGGCCAAAGCUUGGCUGUGAUGUCCGAUUCCGGGUCUGCAGAGGCAUUUGAUCGCAUUCGCCACUGGUAUACCAACUGCGUUGCGAAUCACUUCCACGACGACUGUAACAGCCACGAACCUACCAGCAGGCCUCAUUUGCGGCCAGCAACGGCAUUUGAUCGCAUUCGCCAUUGGUAUACCAAGUACGUCGGGAAUCGCUCUCACGACGAGUACAACAGCCACGCAGCUACCAGCAGGCCUCGCCGACUCGUGGACCUAACUGGGAGAGAUAACUCCAUGGUGAGGCUCAUCCAAGCCAGCGAGCUACAGGACGCACCUCAAUAUGCAUGCCUAAGCUAUCGAUGGGGGGAUGAUUUGGAAGGAGUGUUGACGACGACUGCGAGUAACAUUCAAGACAGCUUCAGCGGCGUCCACGUGGAGAGACUGCCCAAGACCAUCAUCGACGCCAUCACGGUGUGCAGAGCCUUGAAUAUACCUUACCUUUGGGUUGACUCUCUUUGCAUCAUACAAGGGGACCCAGACGAUUUCGCGAUUGAAGGUGCAAGGAUGGACGAGAUAUAUGCCAACUCACACCUGACAAUAUACGCUAAGCACGCUACAUCGUGCAAAGACGGCUUCCUCGGCCCCCAGGCCCGCGGUCGUGAGGAUUGGCAGCGGCUAACGUCCCUGAAAGGCCCCGGUGACACCCUGCUUUUCAUCAGGCCGGAUCAACCCGGUGAAAGUCAUGAAGCCCGGUGCGUGGCGGCCCUAGACACACGAGGUUGGUGCUUCCAGGAAUCAAUCCUGCCCAAGCGCCAGCUUAUUUACUGCGGGGACGAGAUGAUGUGGAAGUGUCAGCGCGAUUGCUUCUGCGAAUGUGGCCAUGUUAUCGAGUCCGCGUGGUCUUCAAGUUGGCAUAACAAAAUGGAGCGUUUGGCGCGAGGCGCCGAUUACUCGCUCCUUGAUCACGUCUCUGUUUGGAUGGAUGUUGUCCAAGGCUUCUCACCUCGGCUCUUGACGAGGCCAACCGACAAACUCGCUGCAGUGUCUGGUCUGGCAAGAAGGGUGCUUGAUUGUUCUAAAUCCGUCGAUGGACCCGGAUGCCAUGAUACAUUCCAUGCGGGACUGUGGAGGAGCGAGCUCAUCAAGCAGCUCUCUUGGGUACCGACGACGUCAUUGCCACGGCGACGUUUAGACAACGAUGUUCCGACGUGGUCAUGGGCAUCCCUUGAGGGAGCCGUGACAUACAGCUCCACCUACAGACAACAGUCCUCCUUGCACGCGCAAGUUCUCGAUGUUGUCUGUUUCCCGGCUCAUCUCAGCAACCCUUUUGGCCCUGUUCAGCCUGGUGGCUACCUCGACAUUUCAGCCCAACUAUUGCCGGUUAAGCUGGCGAUACUGGACGCGGAGAGACGCCCACCCAUUGACCAUGAUGACCAGCCCCCUCUGUAUCUGAUGGAAGAACAGGAGGCAAAGACUCCCCGGAACUGGGUCGAAGUCCACAUUGACGUAGAGGCGGAAAUCUUGCCCCUAUUCCGCGAUCCGAGUGGGCCGGUGUGUUGGCGCGGCGACCCUGAGUCUUGCGGGACCCCAGGGUGCGCCUGCCGAUACCUGAUAUCAAAAAAGUCCUUCUUUUGUUCUCCGCUGUACACAGACUUCGACCCCGAUCUGGUUCGAAACAGGAGUGGUCGUGAGCUGACAACAGAGCCAACAGUAUUCCAACCAAGGCCACCACAAACAAUAUUCCUAAUUCUAGAGAGUACUGGUAAUGACAAGGUGUAUCGGAGGGUAGGAGUUGGAUGUCUUUGUUUCGAGUGGGAGCGCGGCAAAUGGUCGAGGAAUCUGACGACUAUCUCUAAAAUACGGAUUAUCUAGAGAAACCGUAAACGAGGAGAAGUUGGUCAUGUGAAACAAUCGAUUUCUGCGAGUGUGGCGGCAGAUGAAAAACGGCGAGCGAUAUGUAUUAGAGGAAGGAAGCGCUUGCAGGAAGCCUGGAAUCGCCGUUCAACUAGUGGUUGUCAAAGGUCAAAUGGCUGAAUGACAGCUUAGGUACCUAGUGUUCCUUCACUCUCUUCGAUAGACUUUUCCGUAAAAAGGAGCAGCUGAAAUGACUCA